ACAAGUUAUGCUCAUCCUCAGCUCGCGCAUGACACGUUUCCACAUAGCCAGUUGCUUCAUCUCCACGUCCAGUCAGAGAACCUCAAACUCCCAUCUCCUCAAGAAGUCCUUUUCUCCACUCCACCCUUGUCUCCAGCCAACAUGUCCACCGGGUCCAUCAGCGAUGUGGAUGAAUUUCACGAAUCUGAGCUGCUGGAUGGUCUUCUGAAAUUCGGUUCCGGUAAAGACCCGGGGACAUCAAACGAGAGCACGGAGGACAGCUCGAACUGCGAAGGCGCGUCGGUGUCAGAAUGUACAGGAAAGAGGCGCAAAUCAGCCAAUAUGCGCAGAUCAGCGCCCAAUGGUGUGGCCCAAGAGGGCAAGCAGGUCCAGAGGAACGCAGCUAACGCGCGCGAGAGGGCGAGGAUGCGCGUGCUCAGCAAAGCCUUCUCCCGGCUGAAGACGACGUUACCGUGGGUCCCGCCGGACACCAAACUCUCCAAGCUGGACACUCUGCGGCUGGCCUCCAGCUACAUCGCGCACCUGCGACAGAUACUCGCCAAUGACAAAUAUGGGAAUGGCUACAUACAUCCCGUCAACCUGACGUGGCCGUUUAUGGUGGCUGGCAAACCAGAAAAUGAACUCAAAGAAAUGCUGAAUUCUACACGUUUAUGCGGGACUACAGCUUCCUGAGACUCAAGAUGGACUUAAAACAUGGACCUAUUUUAAAUAGUUUAUUUCUAAAAAGAGUGACAUUUCAUCUCUUACCCAAACACACGAGUGGGAAUAACUGGGGACAACAUCCUCACUCGCAUUCCUGUAAAGAGAAAGUGAUAUCUAUUUAAAUGUUCACACGUGGGCCUUGCUGGUUCAAGGCAACAGUGUGUGAUGUUUUUUUUUUUUUUUUUUUUUUUUCAAUUCAACUACUUUUAUGAAGAUUGUCAUCACUUUUUUUAAUUAAAAAUCACGAGACGUCAUUAUACUGGGCUUUUUGGUGACGCCGAGUGUCAUGUCACGCGCCUUUGUUGUUGGCAUUAGAAUAAUUGUAAAUAAAACAAAUAUUGAAGUUAUAGUUUCAAAUGAA